AUGCGCUUGCUUGAUGCGAGAACCCUUCGGGUUCUUGAGUUCAACAACGACGCCAUACCGCCUUACGCCAUAUUGUCACAUACUUGGGGAGAGGAAGAGAUCACCUACCAAGAUCUCAAUCCUCAAUUGGACCAGAUCCAGGUGAAGACAAAGAGGGGGUUUCUAAAGGUUGAACAAGCAGCCAAACGAGCGCUUUCUGAUAGAUACGAUUACAUCUGGAUUGAUACCUGCUGCAUCGAUAAGUCCUCAUCUGCCGAACUCUCCAAAGCCAUCAAUUCUAUUGGAAUGGGGUUUAGUGGGCCUACUGGAUUUUUCAGCGUUUUUAGCGUUUAG